UGUCCGAAGUGAGUCACAUCCUUCCAAGUACACCACACUAUGUUAUUCCGCACCAAUGUGUACUACGGCCCCAAAGCACUUCGACAAAGCUGAGGGUCGUAUUUGAUGCUUCGUGUCGCACUUCGACACAUAAGGCGUUGAAUGACAUUCUUAUGGUCGGGCCGACCAUUCAAGAAGAGCUGUUUUCGACUCUGCUUCGUUUUCGAUUGCAUAAAUAUGCAUUAACGGCCGACAUCAAAAAGAUGUACCGCCAAGUUAUGGUGCACGAGGCAGAUCGAAACUAUCAGCUCAUAGUGUGGAGAAAAGAUCCAUCAGACUCGUUGAGAUUAUUCAGAUUAAAUACUGUAACAUAUGGCACUGCGCCAGCGCCAUUCUUGGCCAUACGGUGUUUGAUCCAGCUGAGCGAGAUUGCGAAAUCCUCGCACCCCAUGGCAGCUGAGGUUAUCAGGCAAGACUUCUACGUUGACGAUAUGUUGACUGGUGCCGCAUGCGUCGAAGACCUGAAGACAAUUAAGUCUGAAGUGUCGCAGAUACUGCUAGGAGCAGGUUUUGAACUUGCGAAGUGGUUCUCGAAUGCUCCUGGGUUCUCCGCAUCAGACAGUACACCAAAGCCGAUAACGAUCUCCGAGACUGACGCAAACAAGACUCUAGGUGUGAUUUGGUUGCCAAAUGAAGACGUGUUCCAAUUCCGGAUCGACGAUUCAUUCAUGGGUCUUAAAGCGACAAAACGGAACAUUCUCUCGGUGACAUCGCGGUUAUUCGAUCCGCUUAGCCUAUUGAGUCUCUUAAUUAUAAAAGCAAAGAUACUGCUUCAAGAGCUCUGGCUUCAAAAGUUGGAGUGGGACGAAUCCAUACCAUUGAGUUUGGAUACAUCGUGGCAGCAAUUGAAGUCAAAUUUGACAAAAUAUAAAAGUGCCACGAUAUUUGUUCACAGAGCCUACGUCACCGAUAGAGAUACAUGGCUUCGCCGACGCCUCAAUAAGAGCGUAUGGGGCGUGUAUUUACGUUCGUACGCAAACUGCAGAAGAUUGUAAAGUAUCAUUACUAACCUCAAAGUCAAAAGUAACUCCCCUCAAGACUAAGACUCUUCCUAGACUUGAGUUGUGUGCAGCUCACCUUCUUGCAGAACUCUGCCACCGCAUCCGAAGGCUCAUCCGAUCACCAAUUGAACGGACGGUUCUUUGGUCAGAUUCGGAAGUCACUCUUCAUUGGAUCCGGUCACAUCCUUCCACUCUCGCGACAUUCGUGUCGAAUCGAGUGGCCGAGAUUCAAGAGUGGUCAGAGAGCGUGGAAUGGCGUCAUGUUCCAACUAAGCAGAACCCCGCAGACAUUGUAUCGAGAUGUUGCGAUGUGACUUAACUGUGUGCGUCAAUGUGGUUUAGUGGUCCGUCAUUCUUGAUGGAACCACACGACGCAUGGCCAGUUAACCACCAUUUCGUCUCUGAAGAGACGCGCAAUUUGGAAGUGCGCAAAGCAGCUGUUGGACUGACAGCUAUAGUGGUAAAGUCAGAUCUAGUGGACUCGAUCGAAAGUUUUUCGUCGCACACAAAUCUGACUUUACCACUAUAGCUGUCAGUCCAACAGCUGUUUUGCGCACUUCCAAAUUGCGCGUCUCUUCAGAGACGAAAUGGUGGUUAACUGGCCAUGCGUCGUG